AUUACAGUUACAGUGGCUAUGUUGCGCGCGGUGCAUUUUCAAGAGUUUUUAAACGGCUGAAUUAGUAAAUAGUUUCGUGGUCGCGAGAGUGCCGUUUUUAUACACAUUUCGUUCAAUUUCCUAAAACACAGUUAGCGAGUAAACGCAUGAACCUUGGAUUUACGUCAUAAUCAUUCACAGCAUCCAAUCCAUCGCCGGGAAUUUCAAGACUAUGCUGCCUUGCUGCAAUGCCAGCCUGGAGCCUGUUCUGAGGCCACAAGCACGUGUCUCGAAUGAACUACAGUUCCUGGGCUGGAAUGUGCCGCCCGAUCAGAUACAGUACAUACCCGAACAUUGGCUCACACAGUUGGAACCGCCUGCAUCCUUGCAUUACAUGUUAGCUAUACUCUACACAUUCCUCUUCUUCGCCUCGACUAUCGGUAAUGGACUAGUGCUGUGGGUUUUCAUGAGCGCAAAGUCCCUACGCACGCCAUCCAACAUAUUUGUACUAAAUUUGGCUUUCCUAGAUUUCAUUAUGUGCGCCAAAGCGCCGAUAUUCAUCUACAAUAGCUUUCAUCGUGGUUUCGCGCUCGGCAACACGUGGUGUCAAAUUUUCGCCGCUAUCGGGUCAUAUUCGGGCAUUGGAGCAGGCAUGUUGAAUGCGGCUAUCGGCUAUGACCGAUACAACGUCAUUACCAAGCCAAUGAACCGCUCAAUGACCAUGACCAAAUCCAUUAUAAUGAACCUCCUGAUAUGGGUGUACUGUACUCCGUGGGUCAUUAUGCCACUAACGGGAUUUUGGGAUCGUUUUGUGCCAGAGGGCUAUUUAACGUCUUGCACUUUCGACUACCUAACAGAUAACUUCGAUACACGUCUCUUCGUUGGUACCAUAUUCUUCUGUAGCUUUGUGUGCCCCACAUCGAUGAUCGUCUAUUACUACAGCCAAAUAGUUGGGCAUGUUUUUAGUCAUGAAAAAGCUCUGCGCGAACAAGCCAAGAAAAUGAACGUUGAGUCUUUGCGUUCAAAUGUGGACAAGAGCAAGGAGACGGCGGAAAUACGCAUUGCAAAAGCGGCCAUCACCAUAUGUUUCCUGUUCUUUGUAUCGUGGACGCCAUAUGGAGUAAUGUCAUUGAUUGGGGCAUUUGGUGAUAAGAGUCUGCUGACACCCGGAGUAACAAUGAUACCAGCUUGUACUUGCAAAAUGGUAGCUUGUGUCGACCCGUUCGUGUACGCUAUUAGUCAUCCCAGAUACAGAGCGGAAUUGUCCAAGCGUUGUCCAUGGUUGGCCAUUAAAGAAAAGUCGACAGAGGCAUCAGCAGCGGGUUCGACAACCACUGAACAACAGCAGACGUCAGCAGCGUAAGGUUAUCUCAUCGGAUUCCUUACUGAUUGUUGAUGGUAAUACUGUUAGAUUUAUUAUCUAUAAGAAACAUUAGUAUUUAAAUACAUAAAGUAGCAUAUAUUAGAUACUUAUUGCGACAAUCUUCGCACAUGUUGAUGACUUGGCUCUGGAACAGGACUUGAAUUAUCACCAAUACCCAAAUCGAAGACAAAAGGCUAAUUGAACUGAUAAAAUGACCUGGUAACACAUAUUAAUAUAAUUAACUGUGCCAUAAUGCGUGGGUGCCUAAGAUGCUGCAUUAUGCACGAAAAUUAAAAACAAAAAAGCAAUUAUCACAGUUAUGUAGGUUUAAUAUAACCAACUGUGGGAGUUUCCGAUAUAAAUAUAUUUAUUUGUAGAUCUUUUAUUUGCCCAUAACCUAGAAAUGGAAAAAAUAAAUAGAAUUUUAUUGCAACAAAA